GAAGAGCCGCAAACGGGAGAGAGUGAGGUCAGAAAGUAGCAAUUGCUACGUAUCAAUAAGAAUUGAGCCUACUUGAACGUAAGAUCAAAUUUUGCGAUCACCAUUGUAGCUUUCUGUGCCAUUCAUGUGUUCAUUCGACAAAGACGAAUCACCACAGUUUUAUCACAGUCUCCUCUCUGUGUACUUGGAGGCUUCUCCAGCUAGCUUAGCUUGUUAGCUGCUAACACAGAGACGCGGAAGUUCGCGACACAUUGCUAAGUGUGUGAAAAUGUGUAAAGUACAAAUGCUGAGAGCGUUGGUGAAUCGGCGACUAACUGCGGUUGUUGAAGAAAUAUUUGUAGUUUUGGAAAGAACGAUAACAGAGUACGAGGAGGAACUUUCGCGAACAAAAGAGGAGAAUGAGCGACAACGUCAACUACUGCACGCCGUUUUCAAGCCUCAAGACGCCAGUGAAGAUGUUUCCCCUGAGCAGCAGGGGCCCCAGCCCCCCCAUUUUAAAAAGGAAAAUGAGGAGCCACAGCCCCCCCACAUUAAAAAGGAAAAGGAGGAGCCACAGCCCCCCAACAAUAAAAAGCAAAAGGAGGAUCAACAGCUGCCACGCUUUGAAAAGGAGGAGCCACAGCCACAUGACAUUAAAGAGGAAGAGGGUGAAUACAGCAUCAGCCAGGAGGAAGAGCAGCUAGAGUGGCCUCGGGAGGCUGACGUCAGCAAUUUUCCAGCCAUCAGUGUGAUGGGGAAGCAUAAACAUAAAGGCAAAGGUCAGAGUGUGGAGAAGAAAGAGGUGGACCUUCCAAGCGGCAGCUCAAGUCAACCCAUGACGAUAGAAGCCGACUGCAGAGAGUCAGAUAGCGACGACACCACGUCACAGUCUUCCGACACUGACGAUGAAGACUGUAGCGUGACACAUUCUGAAAACAAACCCUUUCACUGCUUCCAGUGUGGCAAAAAUUUUGACAAGAGGCUCAAUUUGACAAUCCACAUGAAGCGUCAUACUGUGGACAAACACUUUCAGUGCUCACAGUGCGGGAAGAAGUUUGUGGUCAAGAACGAUUUGAAAGUUCACAUGAGGAUCCACACGGGAGAAAAACCAUACAGCUGCACAGUUUGUGGCAAUAAAUUUUCUCAAAAGGGCACUUUGACGACACACAUGAGGAGGCACACUGGAGAGAAACCAUUUUUGUGCCUGUUCUGUGGUAGAAGAUUCCCCAGAAGGUAUACUUUGAUGAAACACAUACUGUUACACACCGGUUAGAGUUGGGUGCCGCUGUUAUUCACCACCACUACUGCAAAGUGACCUCGACUUUUCAUGUCGUACCACUGAAUUAGCUGGAAUACUGCACUCUGUUAUGUCCGUGUCGUUUUUUUUCCAAAGGAAAAUGUGAGCCUGAAUACGUGCACUGUUGGAAUAAGUUGACAUGUUUCUUAUUUUUCCUUACCUGUUAGAAAUAAAAUUCCAUG